AUGAAGACCGGUAUCUUCCUCUUCGGCUCUCUGUUCGCUUCGGCUGCGGUGUUCGCCCAGAAGACGCCGUCCAAGGAUUCGGCGGAGCAGCUCUAUCCUGACCAAGACUCCACCUACACCUUUGAAUCGCCUCUCAAACCGCCUGCUGUACUUCCCCUCCCUUCCCCAACACCGGCCCCAGUACCAGACCCAGCACCGGCCCCACCACCGGCCCCGACACGGGCCCCAGCACCGGCCCCACCACCGGCCCCGACACGGGCCCCAGCACCGGCACCGUGGAUUGCUCGGCCGAUACGCCACCAAGACGUGAAGGCGUUUGAUCAGCCGGAUCCACAGACGGUCUCCGACCAUGCGGGUGUCAAGUUCAAAUCCCGUCUUCACGUUUCGGACGGAUGUCACUCGUAUCCUGCUGUGAAUGACGGGGGUGAGACCAGUGCUGGUCUUAAACCAACGGGACCCGCUGACGGCAUGUGCAAAGGAUCGGGGCACGGGUCUCAAGUCUAUGCGCGCUCAACUUGGCAUCGGGGGAAAUGGGCCAUCAUGUACGCGUGGUACUUCCCGAAAGAUAACGGCCAGGAGGAACGUCAUGACUGGGAGCACGUUGUCGUGUGGCUCAACAACCCCGCCGUCGCAAACCAGACCCUUGAAGCGGUCUCGUUAUGGGACGAAUGCUAUUCCGGGUACUCAAAACUAGUCCCACCCACUUCCGACGUCAUGGACGUGUCGAGUUUAAAACUCAACUACGGAUUGGUCUAUGGUACGCGCAUGCUCAGCUUCACAACUAUCCGUGGCGAGUUCCAGCCACUGAUCACGUGGACCCAGCUGUCGGUAAAUGCCCGCAAUGCGCUAAAUGGUGUUGUUUGGGGUAGACGGCCAAUGCCUCUGAGCGACUCUCGUUUUACGGAAGCCUUGGACAGUGCUUGGCCUUUUGCUCCAGUGGCACGACCUACUUCUGCUUAA